AUCACAUCAGGCUCCUGCAGUGCACAUAGACUUUGUAUCGAGUUCUAACAGCCUAAGGACACCCUGCCCAGGAUAUGCCACCCUCCGGAGAGGGCUAACUGGCUGCUGCUCUGCUAGGGUUAGCACGGAACGGAAGGCAUCAUGAAUAAUUCAGGAGAUGCUGAAAACUCUACAUACAGAUGCAAAUUUAAUGAAGAUUUUAAGUAUGUUCUCCUCCCGGUAUCUUAUGGGAUUGUUUUCUGCAUUGGACUAAUCCUCAACGUUCUAGCACUGUACAUAUUUAUAUUCAGAAUCAAACCAUGGAAUGCUUCUACAACAUAUAUGUUCAACCUGGCUAUAUCAGAUAUGUUAUAUGUUGUCUCUCUGCCUUUACUUGUGUACUAUUACUCUCAAGGAGACAACUGGCCAUUCGGAGUGGCCUUGUGCAAGAUAGUGAAAUUCCUCUUCUACACCAACAUGUACUGCAGCAUUUUCUUCCUUUUGUGCAUCAGUAUCCAUAGAUUCCUUGGUAUCUGUUAUCCCAUGCAGUCACGUCAUUGGUUAAAAGUUCGCUAUUCUCGGAUUGUAUCAGCUGUUGUGUGGUUUGUUGUUUCGGCUUUUCAGUCACCGAUUUUGUACUUUGUGACAACCAGCUCAAAUGGAGAUAACACCAUCUGCCACGACACUUCCAGAGCAGAUUUGUUUGAUGAUUUUGUGCUGUACAGCUCGGUGAAUUUGGCAUUGCUUUUCUGUGUACCAUUUAUUGUUAUCAUAGUGUGCUAUAUUUUAAUGGCUCGAUCUCUGAUGAAGCCAUCAGAUGCCACACCGCAGACAUCUAAGUCUAAGAAGAAAUCUAUUAAAACAAUUAUUAUAGUGCUUAUUGUCUUUAUUGUUUGUUUCUUACCUUUUCAUGUAAACCGAACUCUCUACUAUUACUUUCGCAAGAUGGACCUCCCUUGUCAUGUAUUGGAUGCCAUUAACUUGGCUUAUAAAGUGACCAGACCUUUGGCUUGUGCGAACAGUUGCCUUGAUCCAAUUUUGUACUUUCUGGCUGGACAAACUCUUCGGAGAAACAUUACUGCCAGCAGGGGAAUCACAAAAAUGAAAAGCAAGUUUUCAUCCUACGUGCACGAAAAUAAUUGGAGCACCAUUAAAGAUUCAAAUAUUGAUCCAAACUCAAAUCCUAGCCAGUCUUCAACUGUCAUUACUAAAAUAUGAAUGAACUCAAGAUGAAACAUAGAGACCAGUUUCGUCUCUCAUAUAUAGAUAGAUAUAUAUAUAGACUCUCACACACACAAAUAUAUUUUAUGUAGGUCUGUGUAUGGUCUUAGUCUAAGCCACAUAAUAAAAUGAUACAACCAUGGUGUUCCACUUAUAGGACAUUUGUCAUGGUGAGACUAUCAGGGCAUUUCAGACCCUAGAAUCUGAUGUGGAGGUACCAUGAGAGUUACUGUUCAUCACUGACCACUCACAUUUUUGUUACAUUUAAUGUUCUCUUUCACUGCUUUGUUGAAAAGCACAGAACCAUCUAAAAUAAAGGAUGGAGCUGUUUUAUCAAAAUCUCAUAAUUCAUAACCACUUGUGAAAGGUCUCGGCAAUUAUUACAUUUAUUUUCUAUAUGUGUCCAUUACUCUUUGAAAGUAAAAGAAAUACAAAAGUAUUUUUUUCUUAUGUUCCCAAAUGCUCAUUAAAAGGAAAUACAAGUGCAAAAAGUAUACGCCCUAAUGGAGGCAACAGUGCAGUAAUAAAAUACUUCUGCAAAUAGGGCGUACAUUAUUAUAAAACGUUCCAAUUAAUUUCUAUCAUCAAAUUGUCUUUGUUCUUUUGGUAUCCUUUGGUGAAAGCAAGAAGGAAGGCUCAGGAGCGUCGAUGUGUCUAGAGAUCUAUGUGGCAGCAAAUUGGAAAGAAUAUUUGUAACCAUGUUAUAUACUGCAAGAGGACAAGGUGGCAGCAGUGUUUUCUGCCAUCUAAUGCUCCAGACACAUGCACAAUACCUACCUAGGUAUGCUCUUUAAGAAUACAAUAAGAACAGAAAUAAAUUGGAAGUUAUUCUUACAAUCAUAUACUCUAUCUGAAUCCUGUCCCUUUAAAGUCAGCUCUAGCGCAGCAAGGCACUAUUGAAGCAAAUCUGGGGAGUCGAUUACAAGAAAUAAAACUGUAUGCUUUCUUUUAUGACAUCAGUAUGGGAGAAUACCAACUCUCCUGAUACUUAUAGGCACACUAACCCAAACAAAAGACACCAAGAGAACAAAGCAAAUUAGAUAAUAGAAGUAAAUUGGAAAGUUUUUUAAAAUGAAUUCUAAAAGUUUAAUUUUGACGUAGAGGGAAAGUAAAAUGAAAAUUGAACUUUCAUGUGAACAUCAUUUUAAACAGUUUUCCAAUUUACUUCUAUUAUCUAUUUACUUUGUUUUCUUGGUAUCAUUUGUUGUAAAGCAUGCCUAGGUAAGCUCUGGAGCAGCAAUGCGCUACUGGGAGCUAGAUGGUAAUUGGUGGCUGCACACAUAUGCCUUUUGUCCCUGGCUCGCCCAAUGCGUUCAGCUAGCUCCCAGUAGUGCAUUGCUGCUCUUUAAGCAUAGAAUACCAAGACAAUAAAGCAAAUUUGAUCAUAGAAGUAAAUUGGAAAGUUGUUUAAAAUUUGCCAGCUCUAUUGUGAAAGUUUCAUUAAUUUAUCAUAUAGAUUAUAUCCAGAUUUUACUAUCUUUUAUAGUAAGUAAGCUCUUUAUGUAGCUGGAAACUGACUUUGAAAUGUGUUUUAAAGUAGCUUAAAGUGCCAUAAAACAUGUUGACAUCUGUGCAUAUCUUAAAAGGGCUAAUUAAGUAAAAAUAGUUUGCAUAAAAAAUUGUUUAAACAUUUCUGGCAAGUAUUUGAAAAUAAUUUUAAAAAAUAAGCAAUAUUAGUUACAUAGCCAUGCUGUCUGGAGUAGUCUGAUCCACCCCCCUUAUCAGUGUUUAGCAUCAGAAAUACAGGCAUUGUAUUUCACAGCAGCUUAUUUGCUUUUAGGCAUGCUCCAGCAGAUAAUGAGUGUUAAAGGGACAGUCAACACAAAAAUUGUUGUUGUUUAAAAAGAUAGAUAAUGCCUUUACUACCCAUUCUCCAGCUUUGCACAACCAACAUUGUUGUUAUAUUAACGUACUUUAUAACCUUUAAAACUCUAAAUUUCUGUCUGUUUCUAAGUCCCUUAAAUGGACAGUCAACACCAGAAUUUUUGUUGUUUAAAAAGAUAGAUAAUCCCUUUAUUACCCAUUCCCCAGUUUUGCAUAACCAACACAGUUAUAUUAAUACACUUUUUACUGCUGUGACUAUCUUGUAUCUAAGCAUCUCCUGACCGCCCCUAAUCACAUGACUUUUAGCUAUUAUCUAUUGACUUGCAUUUUAGCCAAUUAGUGCAGUGUCUGCCACAACCCACGGGCGUGAUCACAAUGCUAUCUAUAUGGUUUACCUGAACUACUCUCCUCUGUUGUGAAAAGCAAAUACAAAAGCAUGUGAUUAGAGGCGGCCUUCAAGGGCUUAGAAAUUAUCAUAUGAGCCUUCCUAGGUUUGCUCUCAACUAGAAUACCAAGAGAACAAAGCAAAAUUGUUGAUUAAAGUAAAUUGGAAAGUUGUUUAAAAUUACAUGCCCUAUUUGAAAAAUAAAAGUUUUUUUUGGCCUUGACUGUCCCUUUAAGACAGCCUCUUAUCACAUGCUUUUGUAUUUGCUUUUCACAUCAGGGUAUCUAGUUCAUGUGAGCCAUAUAGAUAACACUGUGCUGACGCUCACGUAUUCUAACAACACAGCACUAAUUGGCUUAAAUGCAAGUGAAUAGAAAAAGUCAUGUGAUCAGGGGGCUGUCAGAAGAUGCUUAGAUACAAGAUAAUGACAGAAAAAAGUGUAUUAAUAUAACCAUGUUUUCUGUGCCAAAACUGGGGAAUGGGUAAUAAAGGGAUUAUCUAUCUUUUAAAACAAUUAACAUUUUUGAGUUGACUGUCCCUUUAAGUCUUGCAUUGUACCAAAUCAAAGGUGGAUAUAGAACCAUCCAUAGAAGGAAAUGUGUGGGGGGAGUUAGAGCUGUACAAUUUGCAAACUUAAAAGAAAGGGUUAAUGGCGAGGCACUGCAGUAUAAAUUUGCAGGUAAAGUAAUGAAAGUACAUAUUAUUUUAUUUUGUCUCUAUCUCAACUUGUUUUAUGUCCCUUUAAAUAAGUAAAAAACACAAACCAUAUUAUUUGUCUUAUAAAAUGUACUGGAAAACCAAUUUUAAAAAAUGCCAACGUAAGGUAGGCAGUUGGAAUAUCAGGGCAUUUAAUGGCAUUUUUAUAUUUAAAAAAAAUACAGUAUUUCCAAUCUAUAGCACUUAAAGUGCACCGUCUAUUUCAAUAACUGAUGUUUUUCUAAAUGAAUUUGUAUACAGUGCAAUAUUGUAUUUAAAAUGUAAAUAAUCCGGCAGAUGCCAUAAACCCAAGUUAUACGUUAAAAUCAUCAUACGUUAUAUACCUGUGUUUUAUAUGUGAAUGUAGCUUACGUGUAUAAUACCCUGUACAUAAUUGUGUAACUGAUUAUAUCCGUAAUCUGUUAUUUUGUAUAAAGAAAUAUAAUACUGAAAGUUGUCUGCUUAGAAUGCUUACUGCUUAAUAUUAAUUUAUACUAAAGCAUUACUGUAGCAUUGGAAAAAAACAUUUUAUUUUGUGACGUUUUUAAUAAAUUCUAAUAGGUUGCUUGGCA